AUAGUAAGUAAUUGGCAAAUAUGAUUUUCGUCCGUGUACUGCCAAUUGCAAUGCUCUUGGGGCUAGUAUCCAGCUACAACUACUGUGAAAAUGACACACAUGUCUGCAACCUAAACGGGUUAAAACACUUCAUGUGUCAGCUGGACAAGGAACUGCCUGCAUACAAAGGCACCAAAUUUGUAGAACUCAUUCCGGAAACCCGGUAUUUCCAAACGGAAGUGCUGGUAUUGCUAAAUAAUUUCCGGGACAUGCUGUCGAGCGGGCAGGUCAUGAACAAUAUGAACAUCACAUUUCCAAGUGCCAAGCGGAUGCGGCGACUUAUCUGGGACAGUGAGCUGGGGUACCUGGCCCGCGUCCAUGUCUCCACGGUGUCCCUUAAGCAAACCGAGUGCCGGUCCACGCUGCGGUUUCCGUUUGUCGGCGAAAUCAUGUCAAUGAUGGCGGCGCCCGUUAAAAAGAAGUCCACCGUGGUGAAUGUGCUGAGGCAAGCGUUUAGACCAAUGUGGAGGUCAAACCGUAAAGUGGAGGACCCAAAGAAGUUUAUUGAAAGCUUUCAGCCCGUUGGCAAUUUGCUGACCGAAGCCUUUGCCAUCAUCAUCAGCGAUCGUGUCUCACGCGUCGGCUGCUCUAUUGCCAUGGCUUCCGAUUGUCCGUACAAGGGCGCCAUCGGCUAUUGCCAUUUUCUGACCUGUUAUUUUGACAACAACAACAUAGUCAACUCCUCUGUCUAUAAGGCUGGUCUGCCGACCAGCGGUUGCGAUGACUGGAAGACGGUUGGCAGCGGUAAAUGGGCCUAUCUGUGCAAGAAUCUUGGCGGAAUCUUCUAGAAUAAUUUAAAUUGUAAGCCGUGGAAGUCAGAGACCAGAGUUUGAGGGUUUAACAUAUACUCGUACAUUUAUUUUUAUCUUUUGUGUAUGCUCUUGCCUAGUAUGGGUUCCGAAGCGAAGGAGACCAACUUGGAAUCCCUCUUCCCGAUCCCGAAAUACACUCCUAACAAUUCCUA